CUCCCCAUCCUCCUCCUCUUCCUCCCCAUCUCCCUCCCUCCUCCCGCCUCCCCCUCUCCCUCCUCUUCCUCCCCUAGCAGUGACGUCUCUGGACGUGCUGCUCCCCGGCCCGGCGCAGGCACCGCUCGGGGCUCCGGUACCGCGGCCCGGCCCGGCGGCAGCCUCCGGUGGGGCGCGGGCGCUGCCCGGGGCCGCCCAUGCGGCCGGGGGGCGAUGCGGGCGGCGCGGAGCCGGCGGUAGUGCCCGCACCGGGGCCCCCCCGGGAGCAUGGGCUGCAUUGGCUCCAAAACCACCAUCGUGGCCGUGGACACGACGCUGUGCGUGGAGUGGAAGGAGGUGAAAGCGCUGUCUCCGCUGAGUGCCGCCCGCCCGCUGCCCCGCCUGGUGCGCCAGGCCUCCUUCGACAGCCAGGACUUCCUCCAGCAGGUCCAUGUUGAGGACACUGUCGAGAUGCUGCCCAAGUCGCGGCGCGCGCUGACCAUCCAGGAGAUCGCCGCCCUGGCCCGCUCCUCGCUGCACGGCAUCUCGCAGGUGGUGAAGGAGCACGUGACGAAGCCGACGGCCAUGGCGCAGGGCCGUGUCGCCCACCUCAUCGAGUGGAAGGGCUGGUGCAAGCCGGUGGAGCCGCCGGCCGCCCUGGAGAGCGCCUUCAGCUCCUACUGCCACCUGAGCGAGGGCGAGCAGGAGGCACGCUUCGCUGCUGGCGUGGCGGAGCAGUUUGCCAUCGCCGAGGCCAAGCUGCGAGCCUGGUCUUCAGUGGACGGGGACGACUCCAAUGACGAGUCCUACGACGAGGACUUCAUGCCCUCCACGGAGAGCUCCCAGCCCACCGAGCUGCCCGGCACGGUGCCCGCCAGCGCGCUGCUGCGAGACCUGCUGCAGGGCCACCUCUGCCAGCUGGGCGUGCGGCACGGCUCCUGCGAGCCCGAGAGCGACUCCUCGCACACCCUCUCCCCCGAGACCCUCUGCUCCAGCCUCUGCAGCCUGGAGAUGGUGUCCCCCUCCGAACUCACUGCCAAACUGCUGGGCUCCCUGGGGGGUGAGGACCUGCUGCUUCCCAAGCUGCCCCCCCCGGCCAGCCAAAGUGCCUUGCGGGGCCUGGCACGGCUCCGGUGCCAGGACUCCCUCUACUCCGUGUCCUACGCCGAAGCCUGCCUUUCGCCCGCUGAGGACGAGGUGGUGCUGAGCAAGGACUUCCCGCUCCGCCGGAAAGUCUCCGACGUCGCCUCCUCUGGGGUGGCAUCGCUGGAGGAAGAGGAGGAGGCCGAAGAACCCUGAUGCCCCCCUGGGGUGCCCUGCCUCUCCCGGCGGGGGUCCAGCCCCCCCGCUAGCGCCCUCCGGCCGGACCCCGCACUGGGCGAGGGACAGGCCCUGCUGCUGCUCCCCCUCGCUAUCGGGGUGCAGGGGGGGGGGUCAGGGGGCCACUGCAGCCCCCACCCCCCCGGCCAGUGUGCCCCCACCGUGCCCCGGCCCCGCUUGGCCACAUCGUUGCCCUCCUGGAUUUUUGCAUGAGAGCGGGGAAGGGGCGCAGGGAAGGGCUUGGGGGGGUCCAACCCCCGCCCUGACACCCAGAUGUGUCCCCCAAAACUGAUGGGACUGAAUCAAUGGGGCUAGUUGUUCGCAUGUUCCCCCCCCCCCCAAACUGCCCUGGGCUCCUCUUUCGGGCACAAGACACCCCUCCUCCCCCCCCCCUCCCCCCCGUUGGCAUGGCUGAACCUCUCCGAGCAUCCCGUGGUGCCCUUGCCCCACACCUGGCACCCUCGGCUCAGGGCGGCAGGGGGGAUUUGGGGAGCGGGGGACUUUUCUCCUCUCUCUCCAGCCGGCUUUUAUCAGACCGAGUUUUAAACUGUGAACUGAUGCCUCGCGGCAUGGGGCUGCCGGGGGGUGGGGUGGGGGGGGACGUGGUGCCAGGGGGGGCACAGAAUUGCCGCGGUGCCGGGACUUUCUAUACUUUUGUACGCGCGUGGGGCCGGCACAGGGAGACUGCAGGGCCAGGGGGGAGCCGGGUGAGCACGAGCCCCCAGGCUGGGGGUUUUGGGCCACCAGCGACAGCACCCCCAAGCCAGCCCCGUGGCAGGGGGCUCAGCCCAACCAGAGACCCCGAGUCUGCUGUGGGGCAAUGCGGGGUGGAAAGAGGGGGGAGGCGCCGGGACCGACGUCCCCGUCCCUGAGUCACUCACCCCUAGCAGGGAACCAAGUGCCUACAUGAAGGACGACCAGCCCCCCCCGUCCUGGCCAGGGGUGGCACCCCAGCUCCAGGGCCCCCCAGGGCUGUGCUGGGGGGUCCAGGCAUGCCGUCUGGGGGAGGAAUGCCAGUUUUUGCCAACGCUUGAGCCCCCCCUUCCCGCAUGGCACGUGUUCUCGUGGGGCCGCUCGCCCGCUGCAUGCUGCUCCUUGCCCAGCCCGGCCACGGCCCCGCACCCUGGGGUGCCCCAGCACCCCCUACACCCCUGCUCCCAUGCACCCCCCCCACCCUCCCCAGCACCCCCCCAUCAACCUCCACCGGGCACAGCACCCGUUCCCCUUCCCUGCCCCAGGGUGCCCGGCGUGGGGCUGGCUCCCCUCUCCCUGCAUGGCCAAGCAGUGAGGGUGUGCAGGGGCCAGCAGGCCUGAUGCCAUGCUGAUGGGCUCCCUGCCACCCACCACCACCACCACCACCCCCUUUCUGGGGACAGCAGAUGCUCCCCACAGCACUGGGAUGGACUGGGGGGUACUGGGUGCCUGCAGAGGGGUGGGGGGGCUUUGCUCUGCGUGGGUGUCUGCGUGCGUGUGCACACCCGGGAGCGCAUGUGCACGCGUGUGCAUACCCACGGGAGCUGCCUGAGCCCCCACCCCCACCCCACCCCACUGCAGUGGUACCCACGGGGUGCCCACACCCCGGCACCCCCUCCUCCAUCCCGCCGGGUCUCAAAUAAAGUCCGUUGUGCGA